UAUUUUAUGUUAUUGAUUUAUAUCACUCCAUCAAAAAUGAACAAUGUCUCGGUGGUGACAGAAUUUCUUAUCUUGGGAUUUUCUGGCCCAUGGAGUCUUCAGUUUUUACAAUCUGUGCUUUUUACAGUAAUUUAUCUGUUAGCCCUGGUGGGGAAUGGUCUCAUUAUUACCAUAAUAUCUUUGGACCCAUGCCUGCACACAGCCAUGUAUUUCUUUUUAAGGAAUCUGUCCCUGUUUGAUCUUUGUCUCAUUUCAGCUGUUGUGCCCAAAAUUGUUGUAAAUCCCUUGACACACAGCAAUUCUAUCUCAUUUUUUGGCUGUGUCGCCCAGGUCUUUCUGGUGCCUUUUUCAGCAGUGGCAGAGUUAUUCCUCGUCACAGUGAUGUCCAUUGACCACUAUGCUGCCAUUUGCCAUCCUUUGUACUAUGAAACCAUCAUGAAUAGGGGCAGAUGUGGGCAGAUGGUGGCUCUGUCCUGGCUCAGCGGUGGCUUGAUAUCUGUUAUACAUAGAGCAGGAACGUUUUCUUUAUCUUAUCGUGGAUUCAAUGAAGUUCAACAAUUCUUCUGUGAUAUCCCCCAGUUGCUAGCUAUUACUUGCUCAGAGAAUAUAACUGCAGAAAUUGUACUCAUUCUUGUUAACACAGUCCUGGAUUUCUGUUACUUUAUUUGCAGCACAGUCUCCUAUGUCUAUAUCUUCUCCACUGUCAGAAAGAUACCAUCCACAAAAAGAG